CGCCGCCGCCGCCGCCGCCGCCAUGAACAGCGUCGGGGAAGCGUGCACCGACAUGAAGCGCGAGUACGACCAGUGCUUCAACCGCUGGUUCGCCGAGAAGUUCCUCAAGGGGGACGGCUCCGGGGACCCGUGCACCGACCUCUUCAAGCGCUACCAGCAGUGCGUGCAGAAAGCCAUCAAGGAGAAGGAGAUUCCCAUUGAAGGACUGGAAUUCAUGGGCAAUGGCAAAGAAAAGUCUGAGAGCUCUUCUUGAUCUCGACAGUCACCUUAAAUUUGACUCUUCUGAGGAACUCUGGUUUUUGUCAGUUGAGACCGUGAAGAUAGCCACUGGUUUGAGGAGGAAUUUAUGGGGGAGUUUUAUUUUCUUCUCCUCGAGGUUUUCCUCUUGUAAAAGAUGAUGGACCAUCACUGCUUUGGGACAAUUCUCUCACAGCUUUGGCACCUUGAGAAACUCAGUAAGCUAAAACGGAAUUAUUUCUUGGGAUUAUGGUUGCAAUAACUUGAUCUGGAAUCAGCUUUAAAUAUAUACCAGUCUGUAAAUGAUGAUAAACCUGUCAGCGUCGCCUGACCUUGAUUUAUGCUGCCAAAAGGACUUGCGGUACACUCAACCUUGCCCUUGCCUUGGGGCACUGCUCACAGAUGCGAUUGAUUAGGACAUCUCUUUUUCUCUCAGGGAACUAAUGGUCUGAAACGGGAUCGUGGCAACAGUUUUAAUCAAUGCUUGAGAGCAGUUUUAUUUUUUAUAUACUCUAAUGCUUAAUACUGCUGGUGGGAGUUAGCCUGGAGGAAGACAACUUUUAACCCAGUUAACAUAGAGGGGUGUCAGAGCUCCGAUUAGCACUUGAAAGGUUGCAGUGACUACCGCGUCAGCUCUGUACAGUUCGGGAGUUCUGGCCCUUGAAGUAGCUAUGGAGGAAGCUAAAACAAAACUAUUUAUUGGGAUUACAAUUAUAAAUUGUAAAGAUUUGCUGUUGCCAGUUUUCAACUCAAGGUCAUGAAUUAAGUCAAAACCCGUAAGAUGCCAAAAUGCUACAACUGGUUAAGCAGGGAGAGGGAAGAGUUUUGCUUUAUUUGCCUCAUUUAUCCACUUUACCCUGCCCUUGAAAUCAUGAAAAUGGAAUAAACAUUUAUUUCUAGCAUUA